UAAUAUACUAUUGUGAGCAGUCUGCAUCAGCACAGGAGGGAGAGACAUCAGAGCAGGGUGAAGCUGAGGAGAGCAGGAAUCAGAAGAUAGCAAAGAUGCAGUGGAGUCUGUUUCUACUCAUUCUGAUGGGUCAGUGUUCCUUCUUCACUUGUCACCUCUAUGAGUACCACUUUAUUGAAGAGAAAAAGUCCUGGGAUGAAGCCCAGAGUUAUUGCAGAGAGAACUACAGGGACCUGGCCACAGUAUCUAACAUGACAGACAUGGAGAGACUCUGUGACUCUACAAUGAAGCAAGACGAAGCCUGGAUUGGGCUGUACAGCAACCCAGGAAACAGGAGGUGGCACUGGUCUCUGCCAGGGGUGGAGUUCAAUAAUAGUGAGACAGAAUGGAGGUCGGGAGAACCGAAUGAUUGGAACGGUUUUGAGAACUGUGUGUGCAUCAGCAAUCACAAAUGGAACGAUAUCACCUGUACUGCUAACUAUAAAGUUAUCUGCUACGAUGAAAGAAAGCAAUCCAAUAAUAAAUUCAAUUUGAUUGACAUUAAUAUGACCUGGCCACAGGCUCAGAACUACUGCAGACAACAUCACACUGACCUGGUCAGUGGACUCAAUCAGUUAAAAGAACUAACGGAUGUCAGUUAUUCUGGAAAGAAAUUGUGGAUCGGCCUGUUCAGAGACACCUGGAGGUGGUCAGAUGGGAGCAAUUCCUCUUUCAGAAACUGGGAUCUGGAGUUAUUUAAAGAUCAAGACAACAAGAAAUGUGCUAUGACUGUGUUAAAUAGAUUUGGAAAAUGGAACUCUGAUGAUUGUACUAAAAGAAAACCCUUCUUCUGCUAUGAUGAUAAAGUGAUCCUGAUCAAACAAAACAAGACCUGGGAGGAGGCCUUACAUUUCUGCAGAGAGAACCACAAUGACCUGGUCUCCAUCACUAACCCUGACGAGCAGAGAUGGGUCCAAGAGAGAGCCAAGAAGGCCGACACUCCUUUUGUCUGGCUGGGACUGCGCUACACCUGCACUCUGGAUCUGUGGUUCUGGGUCAGUGACGAGCUGGUCUGCUAUGAGAACUGGGCCCCAGAUCAAAAGAUGGAUGACUGUGACAUGUCAGGAGCCAUGGACAGAGGAGGACAACAUGAGUGGGUCAAAAAGGCUGAAAAUGACAAGUUAAAUUUUAUCUGUGCUUUAUAGUAAGAUUUAAACCCACCCUAACUCACUGGUGACAGACUUCAUGUUUCUGGUGUAUUUUCCUUGACUGCAACAAACUUACUAACAGUGUACAGUGUGUACUGUCUGGUCUCUGGGUUUAUUGAAUGGCAAUGUGUAAAAUGUAGAAAUCACAACCUGAAUAUGGGAGAAACUAAAUUACUAACGAACAGAGAAAGUGGCUACACUAAAGUAAACGUGUUUCGGUCUCCUUGUCCUGAUCCAGGAACAUCUGAAUGACUUCCUUCAUUAUUGCUGGAUGACAGAUAACAAUAACUUUUUGUUGUUGUAGUUGUUAUAUUUUUUCUCUUAAAGUGUCUUUUAUUCAUCUCAAUUUGUUUGUAUCCUAUUGCAUGUUUAUGAAAGAAUAAGAAUAACAACACUAAUCUGUACUGUUUUGCUUCUUACACUCACAAAAUGUUUUUUUUUUCCUUUUUGGUUAAUAUCUGGUGAUGGUUAUAACAUGUUAAACCAUAGUUUUGUCAUAAUUACAUUUUUGGAGUUUUAUAUAAAUGGAUAAUUGAUUUCUCUGAUGCUGAAUAAACAGUUAAACCAUAA